AUGUCUAUGAGGCCACUCGCGAUGAACUGGGGCGAGCCGGAAGCUAACAAGAGAGAUGAGUAUGAUCAAGUCCAUGGCCGUGGAAAAAACUGCAGGAUUGAGGACGACCUCUCGAAAGGCGCAAGAUGGAGAAAAGUUAGUACUCCAGACCUGUCUCAGAAAGCACCGCUGAGGUUUGGGCGACGACCAUUGAAGCCCGAACCUGCACGUAAGAGAAGUAUCAGCGACGACAGGUUGGAGGAUGUUAUUAAACGCGUAAUGCAGCCGUUCAUGGCCCAAAUCGACAGGAAGAUCGAUCGUGCUGCAGAUCAAUGCGCAAAGAUAAUCAUGGAAAGGCUGAACAAGGCUGGUGUGAUGUACAAACCUGGAAAGGCUUCGUCAGAUGAGGAGCAACAUGAAGACAACUGGACAUAUGUUAAAGGCCGUUAUGAGGACAAAUAUUUCACGGGUGCUUACUCAGACAUGGCAAAUUCUAACGUACGAAUUGUGUCAUCUCGAGAUGGGGUUGAACAAAAAUUCAGUACGCCUCAACAAACAGUACCAGCCGGCGCAGGUGAAACCAAGUGCAACGCUGGAGUUGGAGUGCUCGGUCUGGGGACACCAUCACAGCCUGUCGACAUUGAGGUAAGCACUGCUAUGUCACCCGAGUCAUCACCAUUGGUUUCCAUGGAUAGAUGCUUGACGUCGGCCGGCUUGAAGCCUGGUUUCCAAGAAAAAUCCGUUCCGUCUGAGGACUUCGGAAGUCUGAAUGCCAAGUGCAAGUCAGUGGCGAAGACUGAAGUUCUUGGAAAGCGCAAGCGUAAGGUUUCGACUGUGCUCCAUUCCCCUUUCACUAUUCAGCCACGAAAGAGACGUACGAAGGGUGGUGCUAAAAAAGGAUUAUUUGAUGCGUCUGGUUCGGGCAAAGGGCCAAUUGAUGAAGGGGUAGCAGACGCCGUGACACCGGAACUCAUUGAUGCCGCCAUGCUUUAUGUUGAAACAGCCAACGCCGCUGGCGUUUUUGAAAGGAAAAGUGCUAUUUUCAGAGAUAGAGAUGGGACUGCUGUGUCACCAGAACAAUUUUGGUCUGUUGUUGCGGACGAAAUGCUAUGA